AAGCUGAGUGGAGAGAAGACGUUCCCAGACCAGUCAGUGGCUUCAUGGAGUUAUGUACCUCUGAUCCGCCGCCAUGGAUUGCAAUCCGCGAUCACUUCUUUUCAUUUUACAUCUUUUAAUGACCUGCGUUAUUCCCGCCUUUCCCAUCAUUUACCCCCCUAAUGAAGUUAACCUGUUAGACUCUAAAGCAAGCCAAGGGGAGUUGGGAUGGAUUUCCUACCCAUCGCAUGGGUGGAGGGAAAAUUGGGAGGAGAUCAGUGGAGUGGAUGAGCACUACACUCCCAUCAGGACCUUCCAGGUCUGCAAUGUGAUGGAGUACAGCCAGAACAACUGGCUUCGCACCAACUGGAUCCCUCGUCGAUCAGCCCAGAAGAUCUACGUGGAGCUGAAGUUCACCUUGAGAGACUGCAACUCUAUCCCGUUGGUCCUCGGGACCUGCAAAGAGACCUUUAACCUCCUCUACCUGGAGACAGAAGAUGAUGAGGGGAGCCAUUUCAGAGAGCAUCAGUUCCUCAAGAUUGACACCAUUGCCGCUGAUGAGAGCUUUACUCAAACAGACCUUGGAGAUCGCAUCCUCAAGCUUAAUACUGAGGUGCGAGAGGUGGGUCCCAUGUCUAAGAAGGGCUUCUACCUUGCAUUCCAGGAUGUGGGUGCCUGUGUAGCUUUGGUUUCAGUGAGGGUUUACUUCAAAAAGUGCCCAUACACUGUGAGGAACCUGGCCUCCUUUCCUGAUACAGUGCCGAUGGACUCCCAGUCUCUGGUGGAGGUCAAAGGCUCAUGUGUCAAUCACUCCAAAGAAGAGGAACCUCCACGAAUGUACUGUAGCACUGAAGGGGAGUGGCUUGUGCCUAUUGGGAAGUGUCUCUGUAACCCAGGAUACGAGGAGAGAAGCAGCACCUGCCAAACAUGCAGGGCGGGCUUCUACAAAUCUACCCUCGGCAACAUGGAGUGUUCAAAGUGUCCGCCUCAUAGCUUCUCUCACCAUGAGGGGUCUCUGCACUGUAGCUGUGAGAAAAACUACUUUCGCGCUGAGGGAGACCCUGCCUCCAUGGCCUGUACCCGACCUCCUUCAUCUCCCCGGAAUGUGAUCUCUUCCAUCAAUGAGACCUCAGUUAUCCUGGACUGGAGCUGGCCAGAAGACAGUGGAGGUCGCAAGGAUAUCACCUUUACUGUCCUGUGCAAGCGCUGCCGUGGAGUUGUUGCCAAUGGCAACAACAGUGGGACCCAGCGAUGUGAACCUUGUCGAAGCAAUGUUCGUUUUCUUCCAAGAGCCACUGGCCUCCACAACACCACAGUAACAGUGGCUGAUUUGUUAGCCCACACCAACUACACCUUUGAGAUUGAAGCACAGAACGGUGUGUCGUUGUCGGCACCCAAAAUGAGACAGUAUGCUGCUGUCACCAUCACCACCAACCAAGCAGCUCCCUCACCUGUAACAGUUAUCCGAAAGGAGAAAACAUCUCGAAACAGUGUUUCGCUGACCUGGCAGGAACCAGAGAGACCCAAUGGUAUCAUCCUCGACUACGAGAUCAAGUACUAUGAAAAGGUUGGUUCAGAUUAUGAGGAGCAAGAGACUAGCUACACCAUCCUCCGUGCUCGGGGUUGUAAUGUGACCCUGAAUGGUUUGAAGCCCAACACGGCUUACCUGCUUCAGAUCAGAGCUCGCACCGCUGCUGGAUAUGGAGCCAGCAGCCCCAGUUUCCAGUUUGAAACCAGCCCUGACUCAGCCUUCUCGAUCUCCAGUGAGAGCAGCCAGGUUGUUUUGAUUGCCAUUUCCUCUGCUGUGGCCAUCAUCCUGCUCACUGUGCUGCUCUACGUCCUGAUUGGCAGGUUUUGCUGCCGCAGCAAAUCCAAACAUCCAGAUGAGAAAAGACUGCACUUUGGCAAUGGCCACUUACGUCUGCCAGGCAUCAGGACUUAUGUGGAUCCCCACACAUAUGAGGACCCAAGCCAAGCUGUUCAUGAGUUUGCCAAGGAGUUAGACGCUUCCUGCAUCGCCAUCGAUAAAGUUGUGGGUGCAGGUGAAUUUGGAGAGGUGUGCAGUGGUCGUCUGAAACUGCCCAGCAAAAAGGAGAUAUGUGUGGCCAUCAAGACUCUGAAAGGAGGUUAUACUGACAAACAGAGGCGAGACUUCCUUGCUGAAGCAUCAAUCAUGGGACAGUUUGAUCAUCCAAAUAUCAUCAGACUAGAGGGAGUUGUAACACGCAGUAAACCAGUGAUGAUUGUCACAGAAUACAUGGAAAAUGGUUCCCUUGACAGCUUCUUAAGAAAGCACGAUGCUCAGUUUACAGGCAUCCAGCUGGUCGGCAUGCUGCGUGGCAUCGCUUCAGGCAUGAAGUAUCUGUCAGACAUGGGUUACGUUCACCGAGACCUGGCAGCCCGAAACAUCCUGGUCAACAGCAAUCUGGUGUGCAAAGUGUCAGAUUUUGGCUUAUCCAGAGUACUGGAAGACGACCCGGAGGCUGCUUACACCACCAGGGGAGGCAAGAUCCCUAUCCGGUGGACUGCCCCGGAGGCUAUUGCAUACAGGAAGUUUACAUCAGCCAGUGAUGCCUGGAGUUAUGGCAUUGUACUCUGGGAGGUGAUGUCAUAUGGGGAAAGGCCUUACUGGGAGAUGUCCAAUCAGGAUGUAAUAAAAGCUGUAGAUGAGGGUUACCGCCUGCCUCCCCCUAUGGACUGUCCUGCCACUCUCUACCAGCUGAUGUUGGACUGCUGGCAGAAAGAGCGAAACAAUCGUCCGAAGUUUGAACAGAUCGUCAGCAUCCUGGAUAAACUCAUCCGCAACCCCGGCAGUCUCAAAAUCACAGCCAACACCACAUCCAGACCAGCCAACUUAUUGUUGGACAGGAGCAGUGCAGAGGUUCCCUCCAUGGGGAACAUGGGUGACUGGAUGGAUGCAAUGAGGACCUUGCCUUGCAAGGAGGCCUUCUCUGGGGUCAGCUACAGCUCCUGUGACACCCUGGCCAAGACCUCCACAGAUAGAGUGGUUCUGACGGAGGUCCACAUCACACCAGCCACAUGCCCAGAAUGGGAGCCAUCCAUGGGGAUCACCACCCUCUAACGCCAAGCACCUCUCCACCCUACUCAGGCUCUGGAUGGGAUCUGAAAAAGGUUGGAGUGACUGUUGUAGGACCGCAGAAGAAGAUAGUGAGCAGCCUGAAAGCCCUAGAUUCCCACACCAAGAACGGCCCGGUACCUGUUUAACAAAAAUGAACCCAACAAGUGAAAGCCAUCAGAGACUUUUCUGUUGGUCUGUGUUGACUCACUCUAACACAGUGGCUGUACAUCUAAAGUGGAAAUGGAGGAAAAAUACGAUACAAUUUAUAUGGUGUCUUUCAGUGUUAUGUUGAAAGACAGAAGUCUGACAGAGAAACGGGAAAGAGUUCAGCGCAGAUUUGCCAGUCAGUUAACUGUCUGACUCGACCCUCUCCCUCCAUGCCCAAGCUGAGAUGCCUUACAAACUAACAGGAGGUGAGAGCAGAGUAAAGAUAAGGAGGUCAGAGAGAUGUGAUCAGUAAUUCAAACAUGGACUUUGCUGGGAUACAGGGCAAGAAUUAACAUAAAGCUGGAGCUCUCCAUGAUUGUGGCUUGGCCACAGAAUGCCGGACCUGCAGCCUUUGGAAUGAGGCACUGAAACAGCUGAGAUGCCUUGUGUAGAAGAUGGCGGACAUCAGCAGCUGACCCGGAUGUGGACCCUUCCCAAAUUGGUGAAAUCUGAGGCUGGAGAUUAAGUUGCAGCUACAUAAGUUUACUGUCUCUGUCUAUGAGAGAGCUGAGCUGGUUUGGACACACCUUGACGCUAACCGAGCCAUUUUACUCUGUAGCUCUAACCCACAGCAUUCGCGUUCAGUAAACACACCACAUAAAAGCAAUAAUAUUAUAAUUCAUCAAAUAGAUUCAUUGUAUGGAAGCCAUGGGUCAGUCAUGUGUGUACUGUAUUGAAUGCUGUGCUUUUAAGGUACAGGGGCCAUAACAUGCUUCACACAGAAUUUUAUUUACAGUGACUUCUUUAUUCUAUGUGCUAAUAAACAGAUUUUGUAAAGAACUGUUCCUCACCAUCACCCUUUUUGUGAAAUCUCAGGAUGUGCACACUGUUUUCUCCAACAAGAGGAAACCAAUAGAGAAGAUGGCUAGUCAGGAGCUGUCAGUGAAGAAUAAAAAUUAGAUGAAGGAAAAUAUGGCAAAGAGAACUUAAAUGAGACGAAGCAGUGUGAGUUCUCUGUUUCGGAUGUGCUUGUGUUGCAGAAGAGUUUUAAAAUAUCUGUUUGUAUUUAAAUUUCUUCAUAAGGUAAAACAGGUUUGCACCCUCAGCCCCUCUACAAUGCAAGUAUUCAUUUCUUUCCUGUGUAUGAUUGUUUCAGUAGGUUGAUUGAGCUGAGGUAUUUCGUUUAGGUUUGAAUCCAUAACUUAUUAACAGAAGCCAUGUGAGAUCAUUCAUUUUCUUCUUUGAUUGGAAAUUUGAUUUUUAAAAAAAGAAAAAAAAAGUACUUAUAAUGUAAAACAUGUUCUAACCCAUUAAUUCUGGUGUAUUUAAUGCAAAAAGUAGAGUGCCUCCUGUAGUUGGGCUGGAUUACGGUGGGAUCAUCAAGCAAAACUUUUUCAUUUUAGUUUGAAUUAAAGAAAGUCGGCCUUAUGUUAUGUGGUCUCUUCAGGGUAUAGGACGAAUCAAUAAUUGUCCCAAACUAGCAAGGUAUAAAAAUGCCCCAAAAGAGACGCAACUGUUCCAAAAUUAUAACCUGGUAUAUGUGUCUAGCUUGGGAUUUCCUAAAGGCACCUUAAAAAUCUUUGUACAAGUCAAACAUAUUUAAAGAUGCUAGUCUCCCGCUUUAAUGACACCCAGCCGAUCUCUGAGUGCAACUCUUCUCCAGUAUUCUUGAUCUGGCACUUUGGUACUUUGUGCUAUUGGAUGAGUACUAUGUAACCACGAGGAUGCUGUCUUUAUGCCUCUUUUAAGCACUUAGCACACAGUGUUGGAGCACUUUCAAUGGAAAUGUCAUUGCCUUGGCUGUAGACUAAGCUUGAAUAAUGUACAGGAGUGAUGUUGGUGCUUUUGGGAAACCCAGCUCUUUCUAGUCUGUCAUUUCAGUCUCCUGUUACUUGGUUUACCUGUGGAUGCUGCUGUUGCUGCUAUGUGUUCUAAUUAGCAUGUACAUAAUGUAAACCACCAUAAUGAAAGCAACUAGCACUACAGAUCCCACUAUAUGUACAUGGCCAUCCCUUUUUUGUACAAAUGUUAGUAUGUAUAAAUGACUGAAUAAAAAUUGUGCAACAUUUUUAAUUAAAACAAGAGACAAAAUCAUCUGUAUUAUAUUUUAUCUUAUUUUGAAUGUUAUUUGUCAGCUUUUUUCUACAAUUAAAAGGCAAUUAUGAUUACUUUAUUUAUUUGUUAACAUUUUACAGUGCAUUAUUGAAUUCUUUUUUUUCUCUCUUUUUUGAGCAUAAGGUAAAUUAUGUGUCAGUGACGUCUGUGUUUUGAUUCUUAACAUACUUUAUAAACCUGAGACAUCUGAGAGAGCAAUACUGUUAUGAACCCUAUCCAGAGCCCUAAUUUUAUGUCUCAAGUCAAGACUGAUCCAUGUGUCUGUGUGAGAGUUCCUGUGUGCAAAUGUAGAUGGCCUUGUCUACUAAUGUAAAAUGGUUUGUAGUGGAAACAUUUAUAUUUUUAUAAUAAAUAUUCGCAAAAUAUUUUCCAAAAAAUGGAUGAUGAUA